UUGACACCAUCACUCAUCAGUGACUUUGCUUUGCUUUAAUAUAUUGUGCCUUUAUUUAUAUGGAAUUUGUAGAAUUUUAAUUAGCGGGUAGACAGCACGCAACGCACUAUGUCACGCCGCGACAGCACCGUAGACAUGGACGCAAAAUACUCCUCAGGCGACUCUGUAGCCAUGAAACCUAAAAUACAGGAGGAGAACAACAACGACAUAGAUGAACUGUCCAAAGAGUUGCAAAUGGGAUGCAUCGUGGACGCUGUGAAAAAACCAAACAUUUGUGUGGAAACGUGCGUUUACGAAUCUGAUGAUGAAGUUAAGACCGAAAGUUAUAAUCCCGAAAGUUAUAACCCCGAAAGCUAUAAUCCCGAACAAGAGGAAGAUGCGUAUUCUGACGAGUUUGAAGAAGAUAGUGGAGAAGAACAGGUUUCGUUUAAGAGUGAACCGAAAGCGAAGAAGACUUUGAGCCGCGAGCCGAGCCAGUCGUUUGUGAAAAUAUCAAAAAGUAACUCUUCGGUUUCCACUAAUAAGCCAAAUUCUGUAUCCGGAAGAUCGACGAAUUAUGGAUCGCUCUCAGUGCCUCAAACUCGCCGCAUAAACAUGUCGUUUACGAACGAGAGAUUGCGCGAGAUAGAGAGACACAAUCACAUCCUGCUGACGAAGAUCCUGAGCGCCAGGAACAACAGGAAGUCUUCCAUUCCCGGCCGGGAGCUGCCCAGGAAGCCAGUGCCGUCCGCCGCCGUGUUACGGAAGAAUCAGCAACGGCAAAUAGACCAUGACAAUAUGAUCCUAUUGAAGAAGAUCCAGCGUGCCAAGUCGUCAGCGUGCAGCAUCCGCCGUUGAUACAGAGGCGGCCCUCGCGAGCGCGCGCGGGGGCGCGACGCAUCCUCAUGUUACAUGUUUGCUCACACACCGUGUCUUGUUAAUAAAUUUAUUAUACGUUUUUUA